AUGGACGAAACAAGAAGAGAAGAAAAACAAUCGAAAUAUGCAAGGCUGCUUUGGAAAACGAGAAAAAUUCAAGACGAGGAAGCUGGAAAAGCUAAACAAGCUAAAGAAGAUGCCAAGAAAUCUGCCUACGAUCGGAGUUAUUACAGAGAGAAGGGAUCUACUGGAAGCAAGGAGCAACCACUUUUUAACGAAGAGGACAUUGUCUUCCAAGAAGACAACCUAGACAGUGGUUAUUCUUGCGACUCAAAUCCACCGGAAAAGAACCAUCAAGCACCAAGGAAGGUAAAACGACAGACUCCAAAGAAAAUUGAACCGAAGAAAGAAAAGAAGUCGGGCUUCUUCGGGUUCUUCAAACGAAAAAAGACCGUGAAAAAACAGUGCCCCGUCGGAUGCGAGUGCUUGUGUCAUACUGAGAAGACGAUUACGUCCGUUGCGGUGGACAUGGCCUUACUUACUGCAAAUGCUAAUCAGUUACGAAUUCUCAUGGUAAUGUAUGACCUCUGCGGGAAGAUAGAUUGGGAGCAGACAAGGACUCUUGAAAAUGGAGUCUCUGUUCCAACUGGAUGCGAGGUUCGCCCAUUCACAUGGAAAUGUCUCCUCUUCCUCGUCCUUAUCUCUAUCUCAGGACAGAUUCUGAUAGGAGUCGUCAACACCUGCAUCUUCAGCUUUAUCCAACACCCAAACAAAAAUUUCCUCGCUCGAACUGUUCAGUCCUUCUCUCUUAUGCUCGUCUUUUUCAUUACUUGCGUCAACAUUGUCAUGACCGGUAUUUUCGCCGGAUAA